UGUGUAUUGAAAAAUAAUAACAUUCAUUUCACGCUACGUCAGCAGCAAUUUUUUCAAAAAUGUUCGAAUGCAAAUUCCAAUAUCUUGUAAUUCAUUUACUUUUGUUUACUUUAAAUGGCUAAUUAGCAUUGAAAUCGUGUGUGCACCCUAUGAACUUGUUAUUUUAAAGCUAUGUAAAUUGUCCCGAAAACAUUUUAAAUUCGAAAGAAAAAAACAUUGAACAUUCGGUUAUAGGCAUUUCAAGGAAGCAUAUUGGAUUGAAUUUUUAUUCGAGAUUUUACGACGACAAUGUCCAUUGUAAAUUUUUAUAAAGAUCAGGAAAUUUUGGUAACGGGUGGCACAGGUUUCAUUGGAAAAGUAUUGAUUGAAAAAAUCCUACGCUCCUUGCCGACUAUUUCGAAACUAUACGUUUUAAUACGUGCCAAAAAGAAUAAAACGGCGGAGGAACGUUUAAAGGAUCUUCUCGAAAUUCCCGUAUUUCGUCGUGUACACCAAGAACGACCGGAUGCAUUAAAAAAACUUAUCGCCAUUUCGGGAGAUUGCUGCGAAGUGGGUUUGGGUAUUUCCGCCCAGGAUAUGCAGAGAUUGCGUAAUGUUUCAAUAAUAUUUCAUGUUGCGGCGACAGUUCGUUUCGAUGAGGAUUUAAAAACUUCUUUACUCUUAAAUACACGCGGUGCCUAUGAAAUGGUUAAAUUGGCCCAGGGACUGACGAAUGUAAAAGCUUUUGUCCAUGUCUCAACAACCUAUGCCCAUCCGAAUAUUACUGAGCUGGAAGAGAAGAUCUAUCCUCCCUAUGCCGAUUGGCGUACCAUGAUUAAAAUGGCCGAAACGUACGAUGUAGAGACUCUAAACAUUUUGUGUCGAAAAAUCGCUCCGAAUCAUCCGAAUAGCUAUACAUUUACAAAAAGUUUAGCCGAGCACAUUAUCAACGACCAUCGUGACAAAUUUCCGGUAGUCAUACUGAGACCAUCUAUAGUAAUAAGUAGCUAUGAAGAACCAAUUCCCGGUUGGAUUGAUAACUUCAAUGGACCGAUGGGCAUGUUAGUGGCCUGCGGAACUGGCAUAAUGCGUACCUCCUACAGCAAUCCGAAUAUACAUCCUGAUAUUAUUGCUGUGGAUAUGUGUGCCAAGGCACUGAUUGUCGCUGCAUUUAAGUUGGGCACCAGAACCGCCAAAAUCCCAGAUAAUCACUUGGAGAUCUACAAUUGUUGUCAUUCUUCGAAACGUCAUCUGACCACCGGCGAUAUUAUCGAUUUGGGAAAGAAGAAUAUUUUGAAAGUACCAUUUGAAAAAUGCAUAUGGCUGCCGGAGGGUAGUAUGACAUCAUGUUGGCUAUGGCAUUAUUAUAGGUUCAUAACUUCACAAAUUUUGCCGGCUAUUUUCUUUGACUCUUUGCUAGCUGUGGCCGGCCAGAAGCCAUUAUUUUUCCGACUACAUCGUCGUUUGGAAUCCACCACAGACAUAUUGAAAGUAUUUCUAAAUACUGAAUUUUCAUUUUUGAAUGACAAUUUCCGGGCCUUGGAAAAUAUUAUUCAAAAACCGGAAAGAUCUACCUUUAAUUUUCUUGGUUACUGUGACUGUGACAUGGAAGAGUAUUAUUUAAAUGCUACCAGAGGUGCUAAAGAAUUUUUACUGAAAGAAAAACCCGAGCCAUCGAAGGGUGCCCAUCUACGUAUGCGCAUAUUUCGGGUUCUACAUUAUACGAUUCAAUUUAUGGGUGCAUUUUACAUAGCUCGCUAUUUAUUGCGUCUGCUAUUGGGAUAUGUGAAAUCAAAGACUUUGUGAGAACAAAAAAAAAAAAUGUUGAAAAGAAAAACGGUAUUUAAUUUUCCCCAAAAUUAUGCUAAUUUUUUCAUUCAUGAAAAUUGUAUUGAUAAAUAUUGUAUACAUUUGAUUUUGUUUUAUUUCCAUUGCUUAUGUAUGAAUUAAAAUAUGUUCGUUUACAUAUCGACUCUCCCAAUAAAAAAUAUAUAUCGUGGAAAAUU